CGCUGUGAUUGGCCGCUGGCUGCUUGUCAGGAAGAAAGAGCUGCUGUGUUGAGGCCGAAACUCAGACACCAACAGGACCUGGGCGACAGUGGAGUAUCUCUGUGGAACUGACAUAUAUUCUCUUCGACACUCGGAAGAUGUUUUAACUAACCGAGCUGAAGUGGAGCAACGAGCGGCUCUUGUGUUCCUGCUGUCGAGGCCGGCGCUGUCCUGUAUUCCCCCCCUCCGACAGUGUGUCGUUGCCUGCUGGUCACAGUAAUCCAGCACCCUGUGCUAUUACUGACACUGACGUUGUUGUGUGGCGACGCAUCCACAGACCUGUCUGAAAUUCAAGUCUUUAUCUUUGUCCGGAAGGAAAUUUACCGGCUAAGCUGUUGCUGCUGGGUGGCAGCUGAUGCAGCCCGAACGGCUCAACAUCCCCAUCAAGCUCUCACUACAUGGAACAAGUGAGCGGCGGAACACCGUCUCGUUUUGCGCAAGAACUGUUAUCACCGACCUAUAGACAGUCGUUGUGAAGCGGCACCGUGUGCUUAUUACCGAGGAUUUAUUUGAUGGGGGUGUCUUAAAAGCUCUACUUUGAAGCCUCUGCAUCAGUGCCAUGAAUCAGCCUGGACAACAGCUGCUACCCACAUAGAGGUCACUUUACCUCUCUUUCCAUUUGCUUUGGUCCAGAGGAUGCUGGGAAUGUGUCGUGGACGCAGGAAGUUCCUGGCGGCCUCCCUCGCCCUGCUCUUCAUCCCCGCACUAACCUGGCUUUACCUGUCAGUCGGCAGCUUUCAAGUGAAGCCACUCCCCUUGUCUCCAUUGGAAGCCCAGUCAUCAACUCCGGUGGGUGGAGCUGGCGAGCGGCAGGCCCUUGAGCUGCGGGUCCGGGCAGUGGAGGAAGAGAAUCGGGCACUGCGGAGGGAGCUCAGCCGGCCACCUAGGAGCCCAUCUGCACGUCUUCCCAACAGUGGUCACCAUGGCAACCAAAGCCGAACCCAUUCAGAGGAGGGUACCGGUGACAAUGAGGGCCAGAAAGCUGCUGCAGUGGGAAACAGUUCAGACUGCGUGCAGCAGCCAGCGGUGGACAAGUGUGAGACCAUCCACGUGGCCAUUGUAUGUGCAGGUUACAACGCCAGUCGAGACGUGGUGACGCUGGUUAAAUCCGUCCUUUUUCACAGGCGGAACCCACUACAUUUCCAUUUUAUCACAGACUCCAUUGCUCAGCAGAUCCUGUCCUCUCUGUUCCAUACGUGGAUGGUUCCUGCCGUCAGGGUUGACUUUUAUGACGCAGAUGAGCUGAAGUCUGAGGUGUCGUGGAUCCCCAACAAACAUUACUCUGGAAUUUACGGCCUGAUGAAGCUCGUCCUCACUAAGACGCUACCGUCCGACCUGCAGAGAGUCAUCGUCUUGGACACCGACAUCACGUUUGCCACUGACAUCGCUGAGCUCUGGGCCGUUUUCCACAAGUUCAAAGGUCAGCAGGUCCUGGGUCUCGUGGAGAACCAGAGUGACUGGUACCUGGGGAACCUGUGGAAAAACCACCGACCCUGGCCGGCUCUGGGUCGAGGUUUCAACACUGGGGUGAUUUUGCUUCUCCUGGAUCGUCUACGGAAGCUGAGAUGGGAGCAGAUGUGGAGGUUGACUGCAGAGAGGGAACUAAUGAGCAUGCUGUCCACUUCCCUGGCAGACCAGGACAUCUUCAACGCUGUGAUCAAACAGAACCCAUUCCUGGUACACCAGCUGCCCUGCUUCUGGAACGUCCAGCUGUCCGACCACACCCGCUCUGAAAAGUGCUACAAAGAUGUGUCAGAUCUCAAGGUGAUCCACUGGAAUUCUCCCAAGAAGCUGCGAGUAAAGAACAAACAUGUGGAGUUUUUUCGGAAUCUCUAUCUAACCUUUCUGGAGUACGAUGGCAACCUGCUACGGCGAGAACUCUUUGGCUGUCCCAGCGAGGCUGACCACAACAGCGAGAACCUCCAGAAGACUUUGUCAGAGCUGGACGAAGACGAUCCUUGCUAUGAGUUUCGUCGAGAGAGAUUCACUGUCCAUCGAACGCAUCUCUACUUCCUCCACUAUGAGUAUGAACCAAGCUCUGACAACACUGAUGUCACUCUUGUGGCCCAGCUCUCUAUGGACAGGCUCCAGAUGUUGGAGGCCAUCUGUAAGCACUGGGAGGGCCCCAUCAGUCUGGCCCUGUACCUUUCCGACGCUGAGGCCCAGCAGUUCCUACGCUAUGCUCAGGGCUCUGAGGUGCUGAUGAGCCGCGGUAACGUUGGUUACCACAUCGUCUACAAGGAGGGACAGUUCUACCCAGUCAACCUGCUGCGAAAUGUGGCCAUGCGGCAGGUCAACACGCCAUACAUGUUUCUGUCAGACAUUGACUUCCUGCCCAUGUACGGCCUCUAUGAGUACCUCAGGAAGUCGGUGGUGCAGCUGGACAUGGCCAACACUAAGAAAGCUCUGGUGGUUCCAGCUUUCGAGACACUGCGAUAUCGUCUGUCUUACCCAAAGUCCAAGGCUGAGCUGCUGUCUCAGCUGGACAUGGGCACAUUGUUCACCUUCAGGUACCAUGUGUGGACGAAAGGUCACGCACCAACUAACUUUGCCAAAUGGCGGACAGCCACCACACCCUACAGGGUGCAGUGGGAAGCUGACUUUGAGCCCUACGUCAUGGUGAGGAGAGACAGUCCCGAGUACGACCGCCGCUUUGUGGGCUUCGGCUGGAACAAGGUGGCUCACAUCAUGGAGCUGGAUGCACAGGAGUAUGAGUUUGUGGUCCUGCCCAACGCCUACAUGAUCCACAUGCCUCAUGCGCCCAGCUUUGAUAUCACCAAGUUUCGCUCCAACAAGCAGUACCGGGUCUGCCUCAAGACCCUAAAGGAGGAGUUCCAGCAGAACAUGUCACGACGCUACGGCUUUGCCGCCCUAAAGUAUAUGACGGCUGAGAACAACAGCUAGCCACCACUGCAGACCCUCGCAACCCGGCCCUGAACUACUAACAAACUCUGUGGGCUGGGGAGGAGGGGGCACAGGAAACUGACAGCCCAUAUGAGGCCACCAGGAUACUUUGAGAGUCGAGCCCCUCAGACUUUGUUAGAACGUUUGACCCUCAGUGUGGGACAGCAAGGGUCUUCAUGUCCAUUCUUUGCCCUCUGCCAUGGAGGGAGGAGAUCAUCUAGGAGGAGAUCUCUUCUGCCAAGAUGUAAAAGUAGUGAAAGACAACUGUUCUGGAUCCUGGUCCUGGUCUUGGUUCUGGUCCUGGACCUGGCUGUGUGGGCCCUGAGCUCUGCCUGAAAUGUGACACACAACAGGCAAUGGCAAGCAGACAUUCAAUGCCUUGCAUUAUGUGUAAGACCCGUGACAGAGGUGUGGGUUGGGUAUAGCAUUGUGUGUGUGUGUGUGUGUGUGUGUCUGUGUUUACAGGCACGUAGGUGAAAAGGGUGACAGAAGGAGAGCACUUAACAAAAAGCUUAAGAAGAGCUAAAGAUAUUGUGGACUUACGUUGUGUUUGCACACCUUCCAACAAAGUGCCAACAACGAGCAGCUGCAGUCAGACUGACGGAGCUCCCCGGCUCACAUGCAAAUCAUAACCAGGCAGCCAGAUAAGAAGAGAAACAGUAAACAUGUCCGCACAGAUUUUGAAAAUCUCAUUGUGACGAGCGACACACACUCAGAUAGCAAGAUGUAAGCUGGCAACCAGCCGACCAUCUGCUGAUGCUUAAUUAGUUUGAUAUCUGAAAGAGAUCAGACCAAAUCCUCCUCGUAUGACAAGUGAAGUUAAGAGCAAGGAUGGCUGGAGGUCGUCCAUGUUCAGGGUGUCUCCACAUCAGCCUGAGUGUGCUGCUACAGAAUGUUUCCAGUGUUUUGCUCACUGACCUCACUCCUUUUCAUCCCGAUAAUCAGUGUUAUUCAUCGGUGUGUUUACAGUCCUGAUGGGUACAGUUUGAUUUUGUCUUCUCCACCCUCCAUGAGGAGGCUCUGAAGAGGACAGGAAUGCUGAAACUGUGAAACGGAGGGAGCCUCACACACACUCGUUCUUUUUCCCCCCCCUCACUCUUUCUUCCUCAUUCUGGCCUCUAGUUUGACAGCAAUUCCGUAGCAUCCAGUCGUGCUGCAGUGGUGUGUGUGCUUCUGUUUUUUUGUGCUCCCACACAAUAGUGUGGUGAUCCUAAUGUGUGUUAUUAAUGUUCUGCCUUCUCUGCUCAGUUGUCACGAAUGCUGUAACGCCUGUGAUGGGCAUGGUGAACACACACACUCACUAUACAGUCACAAUAAUAUUAUGCUAACACCACAUGACAAAAAAAAAUGUCGUAAAGGCACUGCUGAGUAUCCACAUCAGGAUCUUUGUCACUAUAUGAUAAGAUAAAUGAAAACUCAGAUUGGAUAAAAAGUCAAAAAUGGAACACAGAUAAUAUAAAAAUUCAAAAAGUUACUGUUGGGAAUAUUUUUAGAUAUGGCUUUGAUGUUAAAAAUGACAUUAAAGAAUAUCAAGUAUGUUAAUCUCACUGUGAGUCCUGACGCACGUAUCGUAGAAAUAUAUCAUAAAGUAAAAAUGCAGACGUGACUGCGACCCAGCUACAUGCAUAUCAGGCUCAUCUCCGUUCCAUUCCAGAUGUUCGGGGUGAUACUCAUGAAGCUGUUGGGUAAUUAAGGGUGAUCCAAUUAAGAUUGCCUGCUUUCAGCAAAUGGGACAAUUAUUGAUUGUUAGGAGCAGCAUUAGCCAAUGACAAUCAGCGAUCAAAAUAUUGUUUCUUUACUUUAUAGUCAUCUAUAGUUAGUGGCAUAAUAAUAAACACCAUUAAAAUACGGAAAUAAAUAAUUAGAUUUUUUUUUUUUACUCAACUCAUAGAAAUAGUCCCUCUUUUGCAUGUUUAGCAGCUUUGUGGGCUGUCAGUAGCAUUAGCAUUAGCUGCUGCUCCUUUAGCUAAACACACCACAGCUGGCUCUCUUCCUAUAGGUUUCAACACAGCAGCACACUGCGGCCUGUUUGCGCCGCAUUGAGAAACUGUGUGUGUUUAUCUCAUCAGCUCAUGCGAUUGGCUCAUAAGAAGCAACCAUCUAACUGUUCAGAAUGGAAAUCAGCCAAUAACAAUUAGCGGCGGAUUAAUCAGAGGACCCUUAUUGGUAAUUGACAGUUAGUAGAUUAUUUCCAUGGUGACAUCUUAAUUGUCCAACGACUAUCAUUAAACUCGCACAAACUCAUUUGUGAAGUACAUUUAUGGAGUCCAAGCAGGACAGAAGUCUUUAUGGACUCUGUCAUUCAUGCUGCUACAACCCUAACAGAUCACUGAAGUGCUGAAACUGAUCAGGGACCAUAGAACCACUGCAGCAGCUCACUCUGCUCUCUGUAUGAUCAUUUGUGUUGAAACCACUGGGUUGAUAACAGAUUUUUGUUACCUUUAUGGUCAGUGUAUUUUUCCAUUCUUCUCUGCAUUUAACCCAUCGCUGAUUGAAACACGCAGGAGCAGUGGGCUGCCAUGUCAGGCGCCCGGGGGAGCAAAUUGCUGGAAAGAAGGAUGUUAAUGUUGAGUGUAACUUCAGUGUGGCUGUGAGUGGACACUCCAGGGAAGCGGCCUGGGAUAACAGGUCCAUAACAUAUCAGGUCCAUGAUAGCUGAGAGCUCAGUCUGGUUGUUCAGCCAGGACAUAGUGUUGUCAAACUGGAAGCCUGUCUCUCUCUUCCUGUGUCUCUGUCUCUCUCUAAUUAUCUUUCCUUUUUCUCCCUCUCAGUCGUGACAGCAGUCUCUCACUCCACACAGGGCGCAGGUGUCUGAUUGGACACAUAUGUUCAGUAUGCAGGUGUGUGUGUGUGUGUGUGUAAUUUGACUCUGUCGUGAAUACGUUUGUGGCUUUGCAGGGCUGUGAGGAGCUGCAGUGUGAAAGUAGGACAGUGCUGACUGAUGCUGCUACCUGAAUAAAAGCAAAGAGUCAAACACUG